AUGCCCCCAAAUCUGAAAAGAAAGUUGCCACGCCAGAAGGAGGCUCAACCGGGUGAGCUGAAUCUCGAAUCUGCCGCUGAUGAAAAAAUCGACGCUGUUACCUCUGAGCCACUUAUCCCAAACAAGUAUCUCGAAGUAGUAAGUCCGGAUGGGUCAUUACGCCUAUUUUACAACGUGGACACACUCAUCCGGAUUGCGGUGGACAAGGGUGGUUUCAUGCAGCCACCACACUUCCGCGAGCCGAUGGAGAAACAGUUGAGGGAGAAAAUUGAAGCAAUGGAGGGUAAAAAGUUCCAGUUUGAAGCCCGUGGUGUACUCGUUCCAUCAGUAGAAUUUGAUGAAGAGUUUGGCAGCGCCGUGAUUCAUCGACACGUAUACUUUGAACAAAUUGUCGACGAAUUUUACUCCCUGAGCCCCGCAGAGGUGUACGUGUGCCCAGACUGUUUCGAGUACUACGUGAACACGCACUAUAUUCCCUUCAUGAGUUCUGAGGGGAAGCGUAUCGAGUAUAUCGACAACGGCAUGACGCCCGUGAUUGAUCCUCUGGAUGUGCUCAUGCACAUGCAGACGAAUGAUACGCCAGGCGACGAAAGGGACCACGACACCGCGCUGAUCUUGGUCGUCUUUCGUACGGCCGCACUGUGGAAAGCGCACAUGAGUCGGCACCACAGCGUGAAAAGCGUCUCCGCGCGGGACUACCGUCUGCGGGAUGUUUUGUGCAGCUUCUACAAUCAUUUCAACCAGCUUCAGAACGAGAAGUACCACGCUCGGCACAUAACAUUAGGUGAGACAGCGAAGAGGCCUGCCUUAAACCAACAACGAUAUUGGCAGAUUAAUAGUCGUUAUAACCGCCUACGCUAUAAUCGCAUCGUCGACGCGGUCGAACUCGCCGCGGCGACGCAUGCGGCGCGGAUCGUCGAGCGGACGGUCUUCCCGGCCGGUGAAAAACUCGGCGAAACGCUGAUGAACCCUAUGGAAUCGCAGGCGGACGACAGCAACUUUAUCAAUGACGACGACGAAAGCGAGGACGACGGCUUCGCUCCCCACUACACAUCUAAUUCCGAGAUUAGCUCUGGGUCAUCCGAGCGGAACGCUCCCAAGGGACGUCGGGGGCGUGGCAAACGUCAGCGAUCCGAUUCCUCUUCAAGUGAUGGGAGCAGCAGUGAUGAGACUGAAUCUGAAAGUGAGAAGUCCGACGACAGCGGCGUUCGCGACCACACACGAAUCCAACAUGAACAAAGCGCACACCGCCUCAAAGGGGUUUUGGCGAAACCAGACCCCUUUUAUGAACGACUUUCCGCAGAGGGCAGGCGUUUCCUCGAGACGGCUGCACGCAAACCUGUAGCCCCCUCCUCUCUUUACGACCCAAUUCUACACCGCGUAUCGACGCCGGGAAGGGGUCAGAUCGCGCAGCCGGUCAGCAGCAUGCACGAUGCUGAAAAUGACGAGGAAAUCGAUUGGGAGAACAUUGGAGGGACGCUAACACCGGGGGUUCGUCCUUCACAAGCCCAGGAACAGCAGCCCUCAGCUGUGGUGGAGCCCGCAUGGGCGAAGGACUCAGGACAUAAGCUACUUCUGUCAGAUGCUGAGGACGACGUUGAUGUCACCCUUGACGGUGUGGCUCCAGCUGCUACUGCAACGUCCAGCACACCAAAUCAAUUUACACCUGUGACGCAGCUUUUGAUGGACGAAGAUUAUUGA